GCACGCCGUGCGCCUGCGCAGAGAAAUCGCCGCUGACGGAGCGGGAUCUCGGUGGCCGUGUCCGGCGCGCUGAGGGCAGCUGGAACGUCUCGGGUGGCGGAGCCGCCAGAGGGGCCGGGAUGGCGGCGCCGUUCUCCCCUCGCAGGGAAGCCGUGGCUGCCGACCGGUGCUGGUUGGUGCUACUGUCACCCUUGCUGUUGGUGGCUUUGCUGGCGCGGCCCGCGGGGGCGCUGGUGGAGGGGCUGUACUGCGGCAUUCGGGACUGCUACGAGGUGCUGGGCGUGAGCCGCUCGGCCGGCAAGGCAGAGAUCGCGAGGGCCUACCGCCAGCUGGCCCGGCGCUACCACCCCGACCGCUACCGGCCCGAGCCCGGCGACCAGGGCCCAGGGCGGACGCCGCAGAGCGCCGAGGAGGCUUUCCUGCUGGUGGCGACCGCCUAUGAGACUCUCAAGGAUGAAGAAACACGGAAAGAUUAUGACUACAUGCUGGAUCAUCCAGAAGAAUACUAUAGCCAUUACUACCACUACUAUAGCAGGCGCCUUGCUCCCAAAGUGGAUGUUAGGGUAGUGAUUUUGGUCAGCGUGUGUGCUAUUUCAGUGUUUCAGUUUGUCAGCUGGUGGAAUAGCUACAAUAAGGCAAUUAGCUACCUAGCCACAGUGCCAAAGUACCGUAUCCAAGCAACAGAGAUCGCCAUACAGCAGGGACUGCUCAAGAAAGCCAAAGAAAAAGGUAGAAACAAGAAGUCAAAAGAAGAAAUUCGUGACAAGGAGGAGAACAUCAUAAAGAACAUUAUAAAAAGUAAAAUAGACAUAAAGGGAGGCUACCAGAAACCCCAAAUACAUGAUCUUCUCCUCUUUCAAAUUGUCUUAGCUCCUUUUCACUUGUGCUCAUAUAUAGUCUGGUAUUGCCGCUGGAUUUAUAAUUUUAACAUCAAAGGUAAAGAAUAUGGGGAAGAAGAGAGACUGUAUCUCAUUCGUAAAUCUAUGAAGAUGUCAAAGUCUCAGUUUGAUAAUCUAGAAGAUCAUCAGAAAGAAACUUUUCUUAAACGGGAGCUCUGGAUAAAGGAGAAUUAUGAGGUUUAUAAACAAGAACAGGAAGAAGAAUUAAAGAAAAAAUUGGCAAAUGACCCUAGAUGGAAGAGAUACAGGAGAUGGAUGAAGAAUGAAGGGCCUGGCCGGUUAACAUUUGUGGAUGAUUGAAGAUUGAUGGAAUGCUACUAUGUCAAACUUUAAUUUGAUAUUAUUUUUCAUAACUGAAUUAUUUUAGAAAUGUAUCAACUGCUCCUCAGCAGUAACUUAAAAUGCCAGAAGUAUUGAUUAAACAGAAUAAUGUAGAAAUAUCAACUUUCACUUAAAACUUUAUACAUAAAACAUUUAUGAUUGUUCAAUUUUUAUAAUGUAUUUAUGGAUUUUGUUAAAAGAUUUGACAUGAAAAUUUAUUAGUUGCCAUUUAAAAAUUUUAUAGUUCAGUUAAAGAUUUGACAUGAAAAUUUAUACCAUUUAAAAUUUUGGUGUGUUAAGUGUUUAUUCUUCGAGGGUGUUUCCUUAUUCUUUGUUAUACUGCUACAUUUUUCUGCUUUCAUGGCCUAUAUAUUUUCAUGAACUGUAAGAAAAUAGAAAAUGAUAACAUUUAAUUAUUGUGUCUUUUUGGACACAAACUUCUUCAGUGGAAUUAUUCAGCUAUCAUGUUGUCUUCAUUAUAGUCAUUGUAGGAUUGAAAUAUGUUCAAAUUAAUCUCUCUAGGAGAGUCUUCUGCUAGAAUGUCUUUAAAUCCCCACCUUUCAUUAUUACAGUACUCUUAAAGAUCAGAAACUCUCCAAGAGAGUGGGUCUAUCCUCAUGUCCUUGUAGGAUGAUCUUGAUUAUAGUCUCAUUAUAGGACUAUAACUGUAUUCUCAAACAUUUCUGCAGAAAGGGACUUUGUAAAAGGAUCUUUUGUACCACAGUACUUUUUUUGGGGGGGGUCCCCUCUAAUUUAAAAAAAUGACAAGAGAUAGUGUGCUGAAAAAUUGUUUAUAUAUUAUGAAGUCCUUGAUUGGUGAAAACUCCAUUGUACAUGAGAACAUUUAUAUGCAUUUAAACUAGAAAGAAGAUAUGCAUGGUUAUGUACUGUUCUCAACCACUGAAAUAUAAAUGUUUUUACAUAUAUGGAAAUCAAAGUAAAUGGCACAUAAUUUGAGUGAAUCAAAAGCAUGAUACUGUACCAAAGUAUCAGUACACAUUCAUGGUAGUGAAUCAGUACUCCUGUAAAGGAUUUAUCCUAUUGCUUCAUAUUAAUAAAUGGUUGUAAUAUA